AUAAUACAAGAAUAACGUCUCGACGCUUAAAACUCUUUAUAACACUCAGAGUUCUAGAUCUACACAGGAAAAGUUUGGUCUCACUAUUUUUUACUAUAACUCUGCAAUUUCUCGUUUUGCUUAUCAAUUUUCAGAUGAUUUGAUUCUGUUAACUUCAUUGUCGAAGAAGAAGGAGAGAACAAUGAAGGGAGAUGCAUUGAAAUCUGCUACAGUAAUCAAAGUUUUAGCCUUUACAUUACUCUCUAUAGCUUUUUUUUACUUCGGCAAACACUGGUCUGAUGGAUCUCAACAGCUUGUUUUCUUCAAUUCACGUCAAGAUUCAGCUUCUCUCACAAACCCAACAAACCCCUCUUCUCAAUUUGUAUCAAUUUCCCCUAAUUUCAACAAAUCUUUCGAUUUAUCGUCCGUAAUUAAUGACACCACCGUUUCUGAUAAGCCACAGGAAAAAACGCCGUCGGUCGAAGUUGUUUUAUCUCCUCCACCGCCACCACCGCCACCGCCUCCGGCGGUUCAGAAGAUGGGGGUGUUGGAUGAGAAUGGGGUGAUGAAUGAUAAUUUUGAAGUGGGGGAAUUUGAUCCGGAAGUUGUGGAUAAUUGGGGUGUUGGGAAUGAGACGGAGGUAGAGGAAGGUGAUGGGGUUAAGAGAUUUAGGGUUAAGAAGUUUGGUUUGUGUCCUGAUAGUAUGAGGGAGUAUAUUCCAUGUUUAGAUAAUGUAGAAGCAGUUAGUAAGCUGAAAUCAACUGAAAGAGGGGAGAAAUUUGAGCGACAUUGUCCUGAAAAAGAUAAAGGAUUGAAUUGUUUGGUUCCUCCGCCAAGAGGUUAUCGAGCUCCGAUUACAUGGCCUAAAAGUCGCGACGAGGUUUGGUUCAGCAAUGUUCCUCAUGCACGUCUAGCUGAGGAUAAGGGGGGUCAAAAUUGGAUAUUGAUAGACAAGGACAAGUUCAAAUUUCCUGGAGGUGGCACCCAGUUCAUACAUGGAGCUGAUCAGUACUUGGAUCAGAUUCAAAAGAUGCUCCCUGAAAUUGCAUUUGGCCGUCAUGUCCGAGUUGCUUUAGAUAUUGGCUGUGGUGUUGCAAGCUUUGGUGCUUAUUUACUAUCCAGGAAUGUGCUCACCCUGUCUGUGGCUCCAAAAGACGUUCAUGAAAACCAGAUUCAGUUUGCUCUUGAACGUGGCGUGCCUGCAAUGGUUGCUGCAAUUGCGACACAUCGUUUACGUCAUCCAAGUCAGGCUUUUGAACUAAUCCAUUGUUCAAGAUGUAGGAUCAAUUGGACUCGUGAUGAUGGGAUUUUACUACUGGAGGUCAACAGGUUGCUCCGUGCUGGUGGAUAUUUUGUUUGGGCUGCACAACCUGUUUAUAAGCAUGAAGCAGCCCUGGAAGAACAAUGGGAAGAGAUGGUUAAUCUUACUACUCGUCUUUGCUGGAAUCUUGUGAAGAAGGAAGGUUAUAUAGCUAUAUGGCAGAAGCCCUUAAAUAACAGUUGCUAUUUAAGCCGUGAGGAAGGAACUCAACCACCUCUCUGUGAUCCACAUGAUGACCCAGACAAUGUUUGGUAUGUUGAUCUGAAAGCAUGUAUUACACGACUUCCGGAAGAGGGAUAUGGCGCAAAUAUUACCACUUGGCCUUCACGCCUGCAGUAUCCUCCGGAUAGACUCCAGAGCAUACAAGUAGAUUCUUUUCUGUCUAGGAAAGAGCUUUUCAAUGCAGAAUCAAAAUUCUGGAAUGAAAUAAUUGGGAGCUAUGUCCGUGCUUGGCAUUGGAAGAAGUUAAAACUUAGAAAUGUGAUGGAUAUGAGAGCUGGUUUUGGAGGAUUUGCAGCAGCAAUGAUUGAAAAUCAACUGGAUUGCUGGGUUCUGAAUGUUGUCCCUGUUAGUGGUAAAAAUACCUUACCUGUCAUUUUUGACCGUGGACUACUUGGAGUCAUGCAUGACUGGUGUGAACCAUUUGAUACUUACCCAAGAACCUACGACUUAUUGCACGCAAAUGGUCUCUUCUCCAUUGAACAAAAAAGAUGCAACAUGUCCACAAUCAUGCUUGAAAUGGACCGGAUAUUGAGGCCAGGUGGACGAGCGUACAUCCGUGAUUCUGUUGCUAUCAUGGAUGAACUACAAGAUAUUGGGAAAGCCAUGGGUUGGCGUGUAACUGUGAGAGACACAUCUGAGGGUCCUCAUGCUAGUUACAAGAUAUUGACAGGUGACAAACACCUUUUACGAGCCUAACAGAUGAUAAGAAAGGAUAAGCCAACAUUCAAAUAACUCCCCACGGAUACAUCAAAACUCAUGUUUCUAUGGUAAGUGGACCUGAAAGAUUGAAUGCUUGCUAACAUGGCAGAAAGAUAUCCAUGGCUGUUGUUUGAACCAUGUAGCCAUAUAAAAUGUACAGCAGAAGAUGGUAUAGCUUCACACGAUCGAAGAUAUAUGGUAUAGCUCAGUGUUGUAUUUGUUUCCAUUGAUUGUUCUGUGACUAUGAGGGUUCUUUUAGUCGUAAGUUUUGCUGUUUACUUGAGCUGAGAAAUCUAAACAAUAACAGAAAAAGAAACUAUGCAACAACAUAUAUUAAUAUAUUUAAGUAGGAGUUGUGCCUUCUUUGAAA